GCGUCGUUCUAAAUAAGUAAGUAUAUAAACAAACCCAACUCUAUUGCUCCGAACGUUUCACCUCUGGUCGGAGAAGGAGAAAGCUGUGUCUAGGGUUCCGGCGAUGGCGAUGCAAACUGGCAUAGGGUUUUCUAGGAUCCUGUUCCUAGCUGGAGCAGGCUACACUGGUUCGGUCCUUAUGAAGAAUGGUAAAGUAUCUGAUAUAGUCGGCGAAGUUCAGUCACUGUUGAAAAGGUUGGAUGCGCCUGAGGAUUCGUCAAAUGCUGACUCGGGGGAUGCAAUUACUGCACAGGUGCGUCGAUUAGCAAUGGAGGUCCGACAACUGGCCUCCGCACGACAGAUAACAGUUCUGAAUGGGGAUUCUGGACAAAUCGGAAACAUAACAUCUCUUGUAGUACCAGCUGCUGCCGUAGGUGCAUUGGGUUACGGAUACAUGUGGUGGAAGGGUAUUUCAUUUUCAGACCUUAUGUAUGUAACAAAGCGUAAUAUGUCAAGUGCUGUUUCAAACUUGACCAAACAUCUGGAAAAUGUAUCCGAGGCUCUUGCGGCAACAAAGAGACAUUUGACACAGCGAAUCGAGAACUUGGAUGGGAAACUGGAUGAUCAGGUGGAGAUAUCGAAGAUAAUUAGGAAUGAGGUUACUGAUGUUCGCGAUGAUCUUUCUCAUAUUGGAAUCGACUUGGAUGAACUACGGAGAAUGGUUUCUGGCUUGGAUGGGAAGAUUUGUUCGUUGGAAUAUAAGCAGGAUGACACGAAUCUAGGCAUUGCAUACCUCUGCAACGUUGCUGAUGGAAGAAAAGUGAAAAUGCCUCAAAGACUGCAGGAACAAUUUAAACUUUCUGGCCGGUCUCAUGCUUAUCUCACAUCUUCAGAAAGUCCAAGUCUCAAGGGUCUCAAAGAGAUUGCGGAUUCUUUAGCGUUAGGAAAUGCCAAUAAGGCAACAACGGAUGGUGUCAUGGAAGAUGAUAUUGCUAAGAUGGAUGAGCUGCCUAGAGAACUGAUGAGGAUGGCUUCGACCAAGUGUUGAUUGAUAUAUUGGUAAAACAAGCGGCUUUCUUUUCGGCAUACACGUGGAGGAAGAUUACGUAAUUUCCACAACAGAAAUUUCAGUUAUAUAUGUGGUCAUACUAAAUUUGAUGUGUUACUACAAAACAAAUUAUUGAGUUAAUGAAUUGUCUUGCUGUGAAUCAUUGAGGUGCUUGUUUGAUUUUUUACUUUACUGAAUGGAGGUCGAAGAUCCUGUGACUUCACCUGGCUCAAAUGGUUGUUGAGUGUCAGGUGGGGUGUGGGUUUUGGUGUGUUCUUAUCACAUUUUUGUUGUUUAAAUGACGCAGUCUAGUACUUUUGGGAAUGAGAUUGGAGCUCCUCCCUAAAGGGCUGA